CAGUUGGGUGGAAGACAGCUCCACUUUAAAGGGCUCAUCAGCCACUUUGCUGCCAUUGUCCCCUCCAGAAUGGGUGCUGGGAGGGCCCCCUGGGUGGUGGCCCUCCUAGUGAACCUCAUGAGGCCGGAUUCCUUCAUGUCUGAAGGCAGAGACCCCCCAGAGGACUUUGUGAUUCAGGCAAAGGCGGACUGUUACUUCACCAACGGGACAGAAGAGGUGCGCUUCCUGGUCCGGUUCAUCUUCAACCUGGAGGAGUACUUACAUUUUGACAGUGACCUGGGGGUGUUUGUGGCGCUGACGGAGCUAGGGGAGCCUGACGCCGAGCAGUGGAACAAACGCUGGGACCUCCUGGAGCAGAGCAGAGCCUCUGUGAACUUGGUCUGUAGGCAGAACUACAAGCUGGGGGCCCCCUUCACCGUGGAGAGAGAGGUGCCACCAGAGGUGACAGUGUUCCCGGAGAGGACCCCGCUGCUGCAGCAACACAACCUCCUGCUCUGCUCUGCGAGCGGCUUCUACCCUGGGGACAUAAAAGUCAGGUGGUUUCGGAAUGGACAGGAGGAGAGGUCUGGGGUCGCGUCCACUGGCCUCAUUAGGAACGGAGACUGGACUUUCCAGAUUACAGUAAUGCUGGAAGUGAUCCCAGAGCUCGGUGACAUCUACAGCUGCCUUGUGGAGCACCCCAGUCUCCAGAUCCCUGUUUCUGUGGAGUGGAUGGCUCAGUCUGAAUAUUCAUGGGAGAAGAUACUGAGUGGAGGUGUGGCAUUCCUGCUCGGGCUAAUUGUCUUCCUGGCGGGGGUGGUUACCCACCUCAAGGCUCGGAAAGCAUCUGUGGAGUUCCAGUCAGACCGUGAGGUCUGAAGAACUUCUCCACCUCAUCCCCAGUAAGAUCCUAGUGGAAGCUUCUCCCCAGAGUCUGAAGGAGUGUCAAAAGCCCGGGGCCUUGGGUUGGGUAAAGGACACUGUCUCUAGAGUCAAGAGAUGUGGUCAUGAAUCUUCUUCUCCGGUCCUUGUCCAUCCUGUCUGCAUUACAGUAGUCUCCAUUUCCAGGACACCGUCCAGAAAUUCCCUGAGGACCUAAUUCACUCCAGCCCCAAGUCGCCUUGGUCUCUGUGAUCUGAACCUAACACUGUGAGUGGGGGACCCCCUCCCUGCCUUUCUGUCCUCCCACCACAGCUUACGGUCUGGAAGACAGUCACUUCACAGUCCCUUGUAUUGUAAAGCAGGCACAGAUAACCGUAGGGGAUGCUUAAUUCAAUGACUUAUUUGAGGCAAAACCCCUGUAACCGCCAGCUCAGCAAGACACAGACGUUCGCAGUCUCUGUGGAAGUUGUCAUGCGCCUUGGCCAAUAACCACCCGCAGGUACACGCUGUACAUGUGGGGACUUUUUUUCCUAACAGCCUCUCAGCAAAGUGUACCUUUCUGAGUCCCACACUCCAUUGUCUUUGUUGUCUCUUAGACUCCCAGAUGCUUUACUUCAUCCUUUCUUUCUGUUAAGAUUCAAUUUGUUGCGCCGCCCGUGGCGAAGAGUUUCCCACACUUGGAUUUUUGUUUCCUGCACACACAUGGCCCCAUCCAGCACGUUCUUUUGCCCUUUAUGUUUUCUGUAAGUUAGCGCCUGAUGCGGAGGUGAGGGUCAGGCUGUUUUGACUCUUUUGGCGUCUACAGGAGGCCAUGCCUUUAUCUGUAGUCACAUUUUUACCUCCUCAUCUCUCUUUCCAUGUUACAAUAACCAUUGACGCUAAUUGCUCAGGUCUGGGAAUUUGUCAGGGACUGCUACAUUGUGACAGUCCACUUCUAGGGUUAUUUCCCUCAUUUGCUUAUUGUGUGUUGUUUGCUCUGCUCGCUGUUAUUUUGCACUCAAAGCUCAAAGUCUACGGAGGGAAAACUGUGGGUGUCUUGCAGUGAUCCCAGCCUGCACUGGAGUUGCUGUUGUGUUCACUGACGCACACUUCUAAAACAAAGAGCUCGCUUCACUUGGUGGCACAACGAAAUUCACUGGCUCCCCUAAGUCUUGAUACCCGAGCAACAGCCUUUUAAAUAAUUUGACAAAGUUGGGAGUAUUGCUGUUGUCUGCCGACGGGAAGGCAGCUGUAAAAACUGCUUGAGUUGUGAGUGGAACAGCACACUCCCUUCAAUAAACCAUCAUUUUGUUGUCAAAGAAAA